AAAAAAAAUACGCCCUGGCCCGCAAGGAAGCUCUCCUUGAGCCGCCCACUGACAAAAGCCCGCGCAAAGAAGUUGAGCGUAGCAAAACCCUCGGGACUUGACCGGCACACCGCAUAAAACAGAGGAGUCAAUUAACGACUGCCCAAUCGAAACACCUUCACGUUCCCUCCCCCGCACAUCCGUAAUGCUGUCCCGCCGGUUAAUAUCUGGGCCUCUUGCCCGCUCUACCCUCAGGACAUCUGCCCCCUCACCUGCCAUCGCGCCCGCCUCUCUGUCGCGAUGGAGGCGGUCGUACGCCACCGAAUCUGAGGAGAAGGAUCUGGUCAUCAUCGGAGGCGGUGUUGCCGGCUAUGUGGCCGCCAUCAAGGCCGGCCAGGAGGGUUACAAGGUCACCUGCAUCGAGAAGCGCGGGACGCUCGGCGGGACUUGCCUCAACGUCGGCUGCAUCCCGUCAAAGUCGCUGCUCAACAACUCGCACCUCUACCACCAGAUCCUCCACGACACCAAGUCGCGCGGCAUCGAGGUCGGCGACGUCAAGCUCAACCUCGGUCAGCUAAUGAAGGCCAAGGAAACGUCGGUCUCGGGCCUGACCAAGGGCAUCGAGUUCCUGCUCAAGAAGAACGGCGUCGAGUACCUCAAGGGCACCGGCUCCUUCGCCGGCGAGCACGAGAUCAAGGUCGAGCUCAAUGACGGCGGCGAGACCACCCGCGUCGGCAAGAACAUCCUCAUCGCCACUGGCUCCGAGGCUACCCCCUUCCCCGGACUCGAGAUCGACGAGAAGCGCGUCGUCACCAGCACGGGCGCCCUGUCGCUCGAUAGUGUUCCCAAGACCAUGACCGUCAUUGGCGGCGGCAUCAUCGGUCUCGAGAUGGCCUCGGUGUGGUCGAGGCUGGGUGCCAAGGUGACCGUCGUCGAGUUCCUCGGCCAAAUCGGCGGCCCCGGAAUGGACACGGAGAUCUCAAAGGCGGCCCAGAAGCUCCUGAAGAAGCAGGGCAUCAACUUUAAGCUCAACACCAAGGUCGUCAGCGGCGAGACGGGUGGCGAGAAGGUUAAGCUCGAGAUUGAUGCCGCUAGCGGUGGCAAGCAGGAGACGAUUGAGUCCGAUGUUGUGCUCGUCGCCAUCGGCCGCCGUCCCUACACGGGCGGCCUGGGCCUGGAGAACAUCGGCCUUGAGACGGACGAGAGGGGCCGCGUGGUGAUCGACUCGGAGUUCCGUACCAAGAUCCCGCACAUCCGCUGCGUGGGCGACGUGACGUUCGGCCCCAUGCUGGCGCACAAGGCCGAGGAGGAGGCGGUGGCUGUGGUGGAGUACAUCAAGAAGGGCCAUGGCCACGUCAACUACGCCGCCAUCCCCUCGGUCAUGUACACGCACCCCGAGGUAGCGUGGGUCGGCCAGAGCGAGCAGGACCUGCAGAAGUCGGGCGCCCAGUACCGCAUCGGCACCUUUCCCUUCAGCGCCAACUCGCGCGCCAAGACCAAUCAGGACUCUGAGGGUAUGGUCAAGAUGAUCUCGGAUCCCGAGACGGACCGCAUCCUGGGCGUGCACAUCAUCGGCCCCAACGCUGGUGAGAUGAUUGCCGAGGGCACUCUGGCGCUUGAGUACGGCGCGUCGAGCGAGGACAUUGCCAGGACCUGCCACGCCCACCCCACCCUGGCCGAGGCCUUCAAAGAGGCUGCCAUGGCCACGUACGCCAAGGCCAUCCACUACUAAGCUUGUGGCGAUCAGCAGUGCCGUGGGCGGCGCAGCUGUUGUACUCUUACGGUUAUAGCGUUGCAUGAUAGGGUUGCCCCUGGUUUCUUGGUUUUUUUUUUCCCCUCUACGACCCUGGCUUGUCUUGUGCUUGGAAUUUCCGCCUCGUAAAUAUAGAAGUGUAGAGGUGAGACGGUGGUGGUGAGCUAGACCUCUCCGGUUGGGCCUUCAAAAGGGAUCCGGGACAUUAAAUAACUGCAGCCUUGGUUAUUAGUGCGCCGGCGACUCAUAAACAGAGCUC